UCUGAACUGUACGCACGUGUCUACCCGACAGAAUCCGAUUGACAUCGCGAGCGUUCGGAAACUUCAAACAUUCGUGAACAAGUGACUCGAAUUUGGAUAAUCUGUGUUGUUUUGAGCUUCUGUGUGGACGUCUGGAUAAACAUUGUGUUGUGAUGUGCUGGAGUCGGUGAGGGCACCCUGGAGGUUAUUGGUGAGACUGGCUGGUGGGCGGGACGCGCGCUGGAUGCAGCAGGGUUUGGUCUAGGCGGAGCUGGUCCCGCCGGAGCCGUGGCGAUGACCGUGCAGAGAGAUGAGCGGGACGCCCGCGCGCCCCGGACCAGGUUCAUGAUCACUGACAUCCUGGACGCGACACCCAGAGACCUCAGCGCGCAUCGAGACUCCGAUUCCGAUAGAUCCGCUACUGACUCACCAGGUGUAAAAGACGAUUCCGAUGACGUAUCAAGUAAAAGUUGCGGGGAUUCAUCAGGAUUGGCGAAAAAGCAGAGAAAAGCGAGAACAGCGUUCACAGACCAUCAGCUUCAAACAUUAGAGAAGUCUUUCGAGAGGCAGAAAUACCUUAGCGUACAAGAUAGGAUGGAACUGGCUGCAAAAUUAGGAUUAACGGACACACAAGUGAAGACGUGGUACCAGAAUAGAAGGACAAAAUGGAAACGGCAAACAGCAGUCGGGCUCGAGUUACUAGCGGAAGCGGGCAAUUACGCGGCGUUUCAGCGGUUGUACGGCGGGUACUGGGCGGGGGUACCGGCGUACCCCGCGCAACCCGCGCCCUCCGCUGACUUGUACUACAGACAAGCGGCGGCGACCGCGGCCGCAGCGGCCUCCGCUACAGCCAACACUCUACAAAAACCUUUGCCUUACCGGUUGUAUCCCGGAGCGCCUCUAGGGGGCGUCCCACCUCUGGGACUUGGUCUUCCCGGUCCCUCGGCACACCUCGGGUCUCUCGGAGCGCCAGGGUUAGGUGCUCUCAGCUACUACGCACAAGCCCGACGAACUCCCUCCCCUGACGUAGACCCUGGCAGCCCAGCCCCACCCCCCCGAUCUCCAAGAGAACCUUCACUCGAAAGACGCACAGACGAUGAAGAAGACGAUGAGCCCAUACAUGUAUAAUAAUGGACCCAGUGUUUUGUUGAAAACCUUAAAGUGACUAUCGCGCCGGACCAGUGAAGACAUAUUUGUGAGUUGUGAUCAAGUUUUGUAAUUCAGUGCUGUCGUGACAAACUUCAUUUGCACCCGAAUACAUUUCUGGAGCACUGGUUUCGAAGCAGUUGAAUUGUGGCGUGGGUAUUGCUUGCGCGUCAUUUUGUGAUAUUUAUAGCUCAGUUUUGACUUAGAUGAUAAAACCAUGUAUUAUAUAAAUAAAAUAAUAAAUUCGGUGUCUUUAUAUAGAUCAUAAUGAUACAAAUUAACUGUUUUUUUUUUAUUUCAUUUUACAAAUACUUUUAUUUAAUUAUCAAUUUACUAAUGAACAUUAACUCAAUGUUAUCUUAACGAACUAAAAAUACUUCUACCUCUGUCUUUGCUCUAAAUUAUGUUACUUCUUUUUCAAUUGUAAAUUGUUAUUAUUUAAUAAGAGAUUAACUGGAUUCAAAGUUACAGUAGGACUUGUGUACAGUAAUAUAAUUAUAAUAAUCUUACUGUAUGUAUUGUUAGUAUUAAAUACAAAAUAAAAUGAUUAAUUUAGAUAUUAUGUAUCUUGUAACUAAAGCGGCAAUGUACUUAAGCAAUCCAAGAUGAGGCAUUUUAUGUCGAAUAGAUUUGUGGUGUUUUAUAAUUAAAAU